CCCCGCGCGUUCGCCCGAACGGUAUACAUACCGUUCGUGAGAAACAGGAGAACAUGUACGCGUCAACCGAACACAUGCUCUUCGUGGGCCUCGACAUCGGCGGCACGAACCUGAAAGCAGGUGUGAUCGACGGCACCACGGGUGGUCAAUUGCUCGGCCGCGCCCAAGAGAGACUGCCAGCGGAUCGCUCCCCAGAGGCCGUAGUGGACGGACUCGUUGCGCUGUGCCGGGGCCUCCUCGACGAGCACGGGAUAACCUGGGACGACAUACUGUACACGGGCGUCGGCUGCCCAGGACAGAUAGACAGGGAGGCCGGCGUUGUCAUCGGAGCGAGCACCUUCCCCGCUUGGCACAACGUUCCUCUGGCGAAUCUGGUGCAAGACCGGACGGGACGGCCGGUGACGGUUCUGAACGACGCCUCGGCGGCCGCCUCGGCGGAGUUCGCCAGCAGGGGGAGCCAGGAAACCAUCGCGGUCCUAACGCUGGGAACUGGCAUCGGGCUUGGGGUGGUAUGCGCCGGGCGUGUGGUGACGGGCUGCAGAGGUCUGGUAGAGGGGGGGCACAUGAUCGUGGAACCGGGGCCGAACGGCCGCCUUUGCGCCUGCGGUCAGCGCGGCUGCCUCGAGAUGUACGCCUCCGCCUCCGCAGUGGCGGCCAUCGCCUCCGAGCGCUUGGGUAGCGGCGGCGGGGACUUAUUCCCGGCACCGUCGGACACGCCUUACUGCAACGGGGAAACCGGGGAAGAGCCGGACGCGGUCGCGCCGACCACCCCCACGCACGGGUCACCGGGGAUCUCCAGGCGAAGGGGUUCGAUCAACAGGUCGGACUCGGCGGUCUCGCUUCGGAUCAUGGAGCUGGAGCGCCGGACGAGCGCCGAGCAGCGGGCUUCGGCGCCGGCAUCGCCGUCGACCCCGGCUUCGGCCGCCGGGCGCCGCGGCAGCCGUCUAAGCGGGGGAGGGGCGAAGAUCACGGCAGCGGAUGUGUUCUCGAUGGCGAAGAAGGGGGACGAGGUUGCGGUUCGGGUGGUGGAGGAGACUUGCGACUACCUGGGGCUGGCUUGCGUGAACAUCUGCCGCGUGCUGGACCCGGACGCCAUCCUGCUGGCGGGGGGCAUGUCUAAGGCCGAGGGGCUGUUGGAGAAGGUGCGAAAGUCGUUCUCGUCAAGGGGCUGGAAAGUUCUUCCGCACGAGUGCGAGAUCGACCUCGCCAAGACCUGCGUGGAUGCGGGCGUGAUCGGCGCCGCUGGCGCGGCGUGCUGCGAGUACGCUCUAUCGGUACGCCGGCCUCGCAGACGACCAUCGUCGGAUUGCGGCAGCAUUACCGAGCCUUCGAAUGGGGGGCUGCAGGGCGGGAAGCCGGGGGCGCGCAGCGGAUGGAGAUCGUUCUUGGUUGGGGUCGGGGUUGGGAUUGGGGUUGGUGCGGCUGCUGUUGCUGUGAUGGCGGGUAGAGGUGGGCGCAGUGGCUUCAUGUAG